CGCUAGGGCCGGGCGGCGGGGCGGCGGGGCGGCAUGGCUGGGAGCACAGCACCACCUACGUCCCGCGCAUCCCCGCCGAGCCCGCACGGCCCCGCUGCCCGCGCCGCCGCGGCCGCCCCCCGGCAUAAAAGGGGCGGCCGGGGGGGGGACGCGCACCGGCGGCCCGGUUUGCCGCCGAGAGGAGAGGAUAAAGAGAGGAAGCGCAGGGGCGAUGCUGGAAGCCGCCGGGAGGUCGCAGCGUGCGGGAAGGGGGGUGAGAGGCGAGUGAGCCCCCGCCGGGCCCUGCGGCAGCCGCCGAGCUCCGGCGCCCCCUCCCCGGCCGCCCGCAGCCCCGCACCGGCCCCCGCCGCCCCUCGCCGCCAGAGGAAGGGAGGGAGGGAGGCUGCCCAGCCCAGCGGCCCAGGAUGCAGUUUCGCCUCUUCUCCUUUGCCCUGCUCAUCCUCAACUGCAUGGAUUACGGCCACUGCCAAGCCAGCCGCUGGAGACGCAGCAAGAGAGGUGAGCGGGGGCUCCCGCCGGAGGCACCCCGGGCAGCUAGCUAUGGACCAAAUCCAAUUUGCAAAGGCUGUUUAUCUUGUUCAAAGGAUAAUGGGUGCAUCAGAUGCCAACAUAAGUUAUUCUUCUUCCUACGAAGAGAAGGAAUGAGACAAUAUGGUGAAUGCUUGCAUUCCUGCCCAUCGGGGUACUAUGGGCUCCGAACGCCUGAUAUGAACAGAUGUUCAAGAUGCAGAAUAGAAAACUGCGACUCCUGCUUUAGCAGAGACUUUUGCACCAAAUGCAAAACUGGCUUCUACUCACACAGAGGCCGCUGCUUCAGAGGAUGCCCUCCUGGAUUUGCUGCCUUGGAAGAGCUUAUGGAAUGUGUGGAAGGCUGUGAAGUGGGUCAGUGGAGUGAGUGGGGAACUUGCAGCAGAAACAAUAAAACAUGUGGAUUUAAGUGGGGCCUGGAAACGAGAACAAGACAAAUUGUGAAGAAGCCAGCAAAAGACACAAUACCAUGCCCAACCAUUGCAGAAUCCAGACGGUGUAAAAUGGCUAUGAGACAUUGUCCAGGAGAUUGAAAUCCUUACUGCCCUCAUGUGGAUGAAAACGCAUUUCAUUUUCUCUGUCUGCUGAAACUCGAAGUGGACAUGUUUCAUUAGAAGAGCUGUACGUACAACAGUAUUUACACAGCAAAUGAAGGACAAUUUGGCCACUGAACUGAUGCUGAUUUCUGAUGCCUCAAGCAGUAUGUCUAGGAGUCUGUAAAUAUAUCUGCUUCAUUUAAUUCUGGAGAAUCAGGUGUGCCAUGAGUGUUAAGAAUCUGCCCCCCAAAUUCUGUCUGGAGAAAGACACUUUUGCAGCUGACAGAAGUUGAUGAAGGCUCUUUCUGAACCAAGUAAUGUGUAUCCUGAAUUGAUCAGAAGGGUCAGUCCAGAAGGUACAUGCAGUAUUUCCAAAUCCCUUUGAGCUCAGGUUAGGAGACAAGCCAGGGAACUGAGCACGAAUCUCUAAUAUAGCAACAUGCAUCUGCUUUAGGAGCAAUGAUAAUAAAGUGGUACGAAAGCAACAACAUAAAAAGAAAAAAUGUACUUCACAUACUGACAAAGCUGACAAAGUUACUCACAGCUAUUACUCUAUGGUGUAUAGACAAUUGCUGUGUAUAUUAGCAUACUUUUUUUUUUUUUUCAGGAAUUGAUGUUGGAAUUACAAUGUUACCUAGAUGUUAUUAUACCUUUGCCUGUAUAUUAUUAUACCAUUAGAAAUUGUGUUACAUUAUUAUCUAACAAUAACAUUUCAUUGCACAGCAUAUUAGUUGACCAUACACCUGCCAUAAACAAGUAGUCCAAAAAAGUUUAAUGAAUAACACUGUAAAGAUACAGAUGAUUGUGAUAAUAUACUUUGUAGAAAAAGAAAAAAAAAAAAAAAAAGAAAAAAGAAUUAGUCAUUAGUCAUUUACAAAGCAAACAGCAAAACCUAAUUGUAUAACAUUGAAAUAAGGGAUUUGAUUGAUUGUCUUUGCCAGUCUAGCUUUUGUGCAGAACUGUGAGAUACAGAAUGAUAGAUAAGCUUUUUAAGGAUUUUAUUUGCUAAAUAACUGAACACCAAAUCUAACUAUAUUUCUGCUCUUUCUUAGGCCAUAAACAUAUUUCAGUGUCUACACAUAACUGUACAAAGUAUUAAACACAUUUCUCUAAAUUAUGUUCUGAGCUGACUCAGAUAAUAAAAAUGGAGGCGCUCUUUUUUUUAGGGAGUUUGAGAUAAAAAAUGCUUUUCAAAGCAUUAACAAAAAGUUAGUUACCUUGUUAGCAUGCAAGGGAAAAGUCAGUUUAAAUAGAAACAGGAAUACGGUAACCUGAACAGCCCAUGUUCAGAUAACCUGCUCUUUGAUUGAAUUAUUUGUAUUUUCUCCAACCGCUGUUCACACCAAGGUCUUUCAAGGAUAUGUUGUCUGCAGUAAUAAAAUAAAGAUUGAAAAUCAGAUCUGAUGUGGAGGCCUGUAACUUAGAAUGGGGAAGAAAAGCUCAUGGCUAUCUGCCAGCUGACAGGUGGGCGAGUUAUCGCUGGAGACGAUGCGAUGUCACUUAAAGAGCAUUGCUGGCUGCAGAUCCCAGGUGCUGCGCUCAACGAUCUGCUCCCUGGGGCUCUGUUUCUGAUAAGGAGGGUUUUAUAGGCUAUGUGGACCAGGAUUACUAUCUCUAUUGUCACUCUGUACAGUAAUGCUGUAACCUGCUAUUGAUGGGAGAGAGCUGGAGCCAUGCUGGGAGGAAACACUGGGCUGAGUAACAGGCUGUGGAAGAGCCUGAUGUGAGGCCUCAGUGCCUCCUAGGAUGUGUGGAGGGGGACUGUAGGUUUUUUCCCUUUCUAGCAACCCUAUUUUUACACAAUCUGUGCUGUAUAGUUUUCAGCAGUUAUUACAAAUAGCUUCGUCACUCUUACUCAAAGGGGUGGCUUGAUUUUCUCAAUGAUAGUGGAGGCUUUUGCAGAAAAAGGCUAGUCCAACUUUCUUAUCCACCCUGUUCCCUCUGAGGGCUGGCAAUCCACACAGUAGAAGUAAAACUUGUUCUUAUGUUCUCCCCCCCUCAAGAACUUAUCAUUGCACACAGAUCUUCUCUGGGGAUUUGCUUUCUGUAUAGUGUUCUUCAAAAGAACACUUUAGUGUUCUUGACUAAAAUAAAUCACUGCUAAUAUCACAGAAUCAAAGAAUCACAGAAUUUCUAGGUUGGAAGAGACCUCAAGAUCCUUUUCAACAUGGAAUGGGUUGUCCAGGGAAGUGGUGGUCUCCAUCCCUGGAGAAAAUAGAUAGAUGUGACACUAAGGGACAUGGAUUAGUGAUGAGACUUGCUACGUAAUGUUGGACUAGAUGAUCUUGGAGGUCUUUUCCAACCUAGAUGAUUCUGUGUUUCCAUGAUAACAGCCUAAGCAAACCUAAGAACAGCAGAGCCCCAAGGGAGAAAGGGCCUUGGAGUCAGGGCUUUUGCUCUCAAGAUCAGGGAGCAUGAGGAGGAGGACACAGAGGAGGAGGCCACACAAGUGUCACUGUAGACAAGGUCCACCACCCUGGAAUGUCUUCUGGAGUGGAGGGAGCUGCUUCCAUGCUUGCUGCUGGUACCCAUGGAAAGUCUCCUCAGAUGGCCAUCCUCACCCUGUGGCCCUGCUGUUGGGGAGCCUGGAGAGUCUGUCUCUCAGAUCUUCUCUGGGGAUUUGCUUUCUGUAUAGUGUUCUUCAAAAGAAGCCUGUAGCAAGAAUUCGGAAGUUACUUCUGUUGACUGUGCUUUUGCUGACAAAAUCAGGACUGUAAUUGAAGUCUGAAUUUAAUAAAAGUUUUCAUGCAUUGGGACCUCAGCAACAUAGUCUUUAUAGUCACUGCUUUUCUGCUAAUCUCUAAUCUCUAUUGCAUCAUGGUAGCGAUACGGGAGCUGAUGUUUAACCAAGGAAAACUGUUCAUAUUCAGUUUUCUGGUUAAAGUGACAGUUGCCGUUUGGGACUGUGUUAGCAUUGCUGGUCAUCUGGAUAUUGUCUGUGUAGUUUAGUAUUGUCCUGAAAAUCACAGAAUCACAGAAUCACAGAAUCACAGAAUUUCUAGGUUGGAAGAGAC